AUGGCCCCGCGCGCCCGGCGGCGCCGCCCGCUGCCCGCGCUGCUGACGCUGUGCGCGCUGCUCUGCCCGCUGCAGGUGACUUUUCAGAUCACACUUCCGUGUACCCGUGAGAGGCAUUACGAGCAUUUCGGACGGUGCUGUAAUAAAUGUGAACCAGGGAAGUACAUGUCUUCUAAAUGCACUACUACCUCUGAAAGUGUGUGCCUGCCCUGUGGCCCGGAUGAAUACUUGGACACCUGGAAUGAAGAAGAUAAAUGCUUGCUGCAUAAAGUGUGUGACACAGGCAAGGCCCUGGUGGCGGUGGAGCCCGGCAACCGGACGGCCCCGCGCCGCUGCGCCUGCACCGCGGGCUACCACUGGAGCGCCGACUGCGACUGCUGCCGCCGCAACGCCGAGUGCGCGCCCGGCUUCGGCGCCCUGCACCCGGUGCAGCUCAACAAGGACACGGUAUGCAAGCCCUGCCUCCUAGGCUACUUCUCCGAUGUCUUUUCUUCCACUGAGAAAUGCAAACCCUGGACCAACUGUAGCAUUCUUGGAGAGAAGGAAGUACGUCAUGGGACUGAUAAAUCAGAUGUGGUUUGUAGUUCUUCUCUGCCAUCUACAAAGCCACCAAAAGAACCCCAGAUUUACUUGCCCAGUUUAAUUAUUCUGCUUCUCUUCAUAUCCGUGGCAUUAGUUGCUGCUGUCAUCUUUGGUGUUUAUUAUAGGAAAAAAGGAAAAGCACUAACAGCUAAUUUGUGGCACUGGGUCAAUGAGGCUUGCGGCCGCCUAAGUGUAAAUAAGGAGUCCUCAGGCAACAAUUUUAGCAGCGCUCACAUGGAAGCCUCUAGUCAGCGUGAAAUUUGUGAUGGUGUCUUACUGCUGACUCUGGAAGAGAAGAUGUUUUCUGAAGAUAUGUGCUGCCCAGACAGUGGUGGUGGCUGUGGGGGCGCGUGUGCAGGCGGCGGCCCCAGUACAGGGGGAGAAGAUGCCGGAAUGCUCACCUUGGUCAGCCAGGUGGAGGGGGACUCCUGCAGGCAGAUUCCCACGGAGGACGAAUACGUGGACAGGUCCUCCCAGACCCCAGACUCUUCCCUGUUCCUCACUCAGCCUGGAAGCAAAUCCACACCCCCUUUCCCCGAGCCCCUGGAGGUGGGGGAGAAUGACAGGUUGAGCCAGUGCUUCACUGGGACAGAGAGCCUGGGAGAUUCUGAAAGCGGCAACUUGGUGGAGCCGCCGUGCAGGACUGAUUGGAUCCCCAUAGCCUCCGAAAAGUACUUGCAAAAAGAAGUGGAGGGUGGCCACUGCCCCCACUGGGCAGCCAGCUGCAGCUUCAGCUCGGCGGAUGGCUGUGCAAACUGCGGAAAGCCUCCCGGGGGGGGCCGGGAACCCCUCGUGGCUUCCCCGAAAAGUGGACCUCUGCCCCAGUGCGCCUACGGCAUGGGCCUUCCGCCCGAGGGUGCAGCAGAUGGGGCCGGCCAGCCCCUGGACGGGGCUGACGUCAGGCUUCCCGGCUCCAUGAGGGGAGGCCCUGGGUCUGCAAGUGCCUCUGGGGACCAGCCACCUGCAUCUGGAAAUGUGACUGGAAACAGUAACUCCACGUUUAUUUCCAGCGGGCAGGUGAUGAACUUCAAGGGCGACAUCAUCGUGGUCUACGUCAGCCAGAGCUCCCAGGAGGGCGCGGCGGGCCCGGGCGGCGGCGCGGGGGAGCCGGUGGGCCGCCCGGUGCAGGAGGAGAGCUCGCCGCGCUGCGACUCGUUCGCCGGCCUCGGGCCGCGCUUCCCGGACCCGUGCGCAGGCCUGGACGCGCGCCCCGGCGGGGGGCUGCAGCAGCGCGGCGCCCCCGGGCCCCCCCAGGCCUCGCGGCCGGUGCAGGAGCAGGGCCAGGCCCAGAUAAUGGCAUGA